ACAGGGACCAGUAACUGAGCUAUAGCACAUCCCUAUUGGGCAUUGGAGGAGCAGCAAUCACAGGAGAAAGCAGGGCUGGAGAUUACACCCUGCACAUGCUGCUCCCUGUCUCUGCAUUUUACACUGUGAAAUCUGCUUCUCUGCUCAUUUAGCAUCUGGAGGAUCAAAGGUAGAAGCUUCACGUUGCAGCCCAGGGAGGCAAGUUAAGUGUCUAUUAUUAUUUUGUAUCUUUUUUUUCUUGUUGCAUGUGCCCUGCUGUCCUCCUUGUGUUGCAUUCAGUGGGGAGCCUGCUCUCACAGCAGUCGAUUCAUGGUGACAAGCUCUUCUUGAAUAGCAUCAAAGUGCGAGGACUUGCUUCUUUGCAUGGGGAUGUGUGUUCACCCCCCAACCUUGGCUGCCAGUUUGGAUUUUAACACUUGGUCCUGUGAAUUUGUAGAAUGGCUCGCUUUGGAGAUGACCUGCCCACUCGAUAUGGAACUGGCGUGCCAGGGGGCACGGGAAGGGGCAGCAGCCGACAAGGUGGUCCCCAGCCUGGCCAAAGGAUGUACAAGCAAUCAAUGGCUCAGCGAGCCAGGACUAUGGCUCUAUAUAACCCUAUCCCUGUCAAACAGAACUGUUUCACCGUUAACAGAUCCCUCUUCAUUUUCAGCGAAGACAAUAUCAUUAGGAAAUAUGCCAAAAGAAUCACAGAGUGGCCUCCAUUCGAAUAUAUGAUUUUAGCCACCAUCAUUGCCAAUUGCAUAGUUUUGGCCUUAGAACAACAUUUACCGGAGCAUGACAAGACGGACAUGUCCGAAAGACUGGACGACACAGAGCCAUAUUUCAUUGGCAUAUUCUGCUUCGAGGCCGGCAUCAAAAUUAUUGCUUUAGGAUUUGUUUUCCAUAAAGGAUCUUAUCUUCGUAAUGGCUGGAAUGUCAUGGACUUCGUGGUGGUAUUGACAGGGAUUCUCGCAACUGCUGGGACUGAUUUUGAUUUAAGGACCCUGAGGGCCGUCAGAGUGUUACGCCCACUGAAGCUAGUGUCUGGAAUUCCAAGUCUGCAGGUGGUGUUGAAGUCUAUCAUGAAGGCAAUGGUGCCUCUGCUUCAGAUCGGUCUUCUCCUGUUCUUUGCUAUAGUCAUGUUUGCUAUAAUCGGGUUGGAAUUUUAUAUGGGCAAGUUCCACAAAACCUGCUUUCCCAAAGACUCAGAUGACCCUGUGGGAGAUUUCCCCUGUGGGGAGGAGUAUCCUGCGCGCCUCUGUGACAACGAAACUGAAUGUCGACCCUACUGGAAGGGACCCAACUUUGGGAUCACGAAUUUCGAUAAUAUUCUCUUUGCGGUUCUGACUGUGUUCCAGUGCAUCACCAUGGAAGGCUGGACGGACAUUCUGUAUAACACAAAUGAUGCUGUUGGACCCAUGUGGAACUGGCUGUACUUCAUUCCUCUUAUCAUUGUUGGGUCGUUCUUCAUGUUGAACCUGGUUCUGGGCGUCCUGUCAGGGGAGUUUGCUAAGGAGCGAGAGAGAGUUGAAAACAGACGGGCGUUCCUCAAACUAAGGAGACAGCAGCAAAUCGAACGGGAACUAAAUGGAUACCUUGAGUGGAUUUUUAAAGCUGAGGAAGUUCUUUUGGCAGAGGAAGACAGGAAGGCUGAAGAGAAAUCCCCAUUGGAUGUUUUGAAGAGAGCAACUAUCAAGAAGAGUAAGAUCGACCUCAUUCACGCCGAGGAGGGUGAAGACCACUUCACCGAUAUCUGCUCUGUGGGUUCACCCUUUGCCAGAUCAAGUCUGAAGAGUGGAAAGAAUGAAGGAUCGUCCUACCUCCGCCGCAAAGAGAAAAUGUUUAGGUUUUUCAUCCGUCGUAUGGUGAAAGCUCAGAGUUUUUAUUGGUUCGUCCUUUGUGUGGUCGCACUGAACACACUUUGUGUUGCUAUGGUGCACUACAGCCAGCCUCCUUGGCUCACCAGAGCCCUGUAUUUUGCAGAGUUUGUGUUCCUGGGACUUUUCCUAACUGAAAUGUCUCUAAAGAUGUACGGCUUGGGUCCUCGAAAUUACUUCCAUUCAUCCUUCAACUGCUUUGAUUUCGGGGUGAUUGUUGGGAGUAUUUUCGAAGUAAUAUGGGCGGCCGUGAAGCCAGGCACAUCCUUUGGGAUCAGCGUCCUCAGAGCUCUGCGAUUGCUCCGUAUUUUUAAAGUGACCAAGUAUUGGAAUUCCUUGCGGAACCUGGUUGUGUCUCUGCUAAACUCCAUGAAAUCCAUCGUCAGUCUGUUGUUCCUACUUUUCCUGUUUAUUGUGGUCUUCGCCCUGCUCGGGAUGCAGCUGUUUGGAGGACAGUUUUACUUUGAGGAAGAAACGCGGAAUACCAACUUUGACACCUUCCCAACAGCUAUCCUUACAGUCUUUCAGAUCUUGACCGGCGAGGACUGGAAUAACGUAAUGUACUUUGCCAUUGAGUCACAAGGGGGCGUCAGUAGAGGAAUGUACUCCUGCAUUUACUUCAUCAUCCUCACAUUAUUUGGGAACUAUACCCUUCUGAAUGUAUUUUUAGCCAUCGCUGUUGAUAAUCUGGCAAAUGCACAGGAGCUAACCAAGGAUGAAGAAGAAAUGGAAGAAGCAACAAAUCAGAAGCUGGCAUUACAAAAAGCCAAAGAGGUUGCCGAAGUGAGCCCGAUGUCUGCAGCGAACCUCUCAAUUACAGCUUUUGUAAAGCAAACUCAAGGUGCAAUAUCUCGGAGCUCGUCCGUUUCCAACGUAAACUCACCCAGACAGCAGAAUUCAACUAAAUGUCGCUCAGUAUGGGAACAGCGCACCACUCAAAUCCGCAUGCAUAAUUUCCGUGCAAGUUGUGAAGCCCUGUACAGCGAGUUAGAACCAGAAGAUCGCGUGCGCUAUGCCACCAACCUGCGUCUAAGGCCAGAUAUGAAGAGCCACAUGGAUCGACCACUGUUGGUGGACCAACAGGACUCUGUAGAAACAAAAGAUGGUAGCCCAGAAGCACCUCCCCUGAAUGAAUUAGAACCAGGUCCUGGGGCUCCUACUGAGCAACCUCAACGUAAACAGCACCGACACCGAGAGAGGGGAGGUGGUGAUACAAAUGGUGGUGGUCGAGAAAAUGGGAACAAUAAUGGAGAUUCAGGCAGUAAUGAUAGAGAGGAACGUCAUCACCAAAACAGGAGUCGUAGUAAAGAAGGGGAAGGUGGAAAGGAAUCAGGUAGAGGAGAGUGUAACCGUAGUCAAGAAAGGGGAAAGCGACACCACCGGAGGGCGUCCCCUGAGGACGGGACAGAGAGGGAACAUCGACAUCACCGCACUCACCGACACUCAGCUGAAAGGCAAGGAAAAGAGGGCAAUGGACAACCGACCUCUGGAAGUAAAGGUGAGCGUAAAUCCCGACACAGAGGCGGGGGCUCCAGGUCUGGCAACAGAGAAGCUGACGGGAAUAAUCGGGGAAUGGGAGAAAAUGGUGAAGAACCUCAUCGCCCUCGGCAUCGAGGAAGACAUAAAGCACUUUCUACUUAUGAUACAGAUGAUAAACGAGAUAACAAUAACCAUGAAGGAGAAGAUGGGGAGAAAGAACAUCGGAACCACAGGACCAGGGAGAGCCGUAACGAGGCUGAAGGUCCUGUCUGUGGGCUGCAACAGCUGCCAGAGCAGCCAGAAGAUGCAGACAAUCAGAAGAAUGUGAACAGGAUGUCCCAGCCUCAUCCCGACCGCGCCAGCACCGUAACCAUUCCAGUGACCAUCACAGCCCCACCGGGAGAAAGUGCCGUCAUACCAAUGAACAACGUAGAGUUUGAUGUGAAGUCUGAGGAGAAGAAGGAGAUGGAGGCGGACGACCUGACCAAAAAUGGACCAAAGCAGAUUCUGCCUUACAGCUCCAUGUUCAUAUUUAGCUCCACCAACCCAGUCCGUCGCCUCUGCCAUUACAUUGUUAACAUGCGAUACUUCGAGAUGGUAAUCCUCAUCGUGAUCACAUUGAGCAGCAUCGCUUUGGCCGCAGAGGACCCUGUGCAUUCGGACUCCCCUCGCAAUGAUGUCCUGAAAUACAUGGAUUACAUCUUUACUGGGGUCUUCACAUUUGAGAUGGUGAUAAAGAUGAUUGAUUUAGGGCUUCUGUUACACUCAGGCUCAUAUUUCCGUGAUCUGUGGAAUAUCCUGGACUUCAUCGUGGUCAGUGGAGCGCUGGUCGCUUUUGCAUUCUCAGGUAAUAAGGGAAAGGAUCUAAACACCAUCAAAUCCCUGCGGGUCCUACGUGUCCUACGGCCUCUGAAAACCAUCAAACGACUGCCCAAGUUGAAGGCGGUGUUUGACUGCGUAGUAAACUCUUUGAAGAACGUUCUGAACAUUUUGAUUGUGUACAUGCUCUUCAUGUUUAUCUUCGCGGUGGUGGCUGUCCAGCUCUUCAAGGGAAAAUUCUUCUAUUGCACAGACGAGUCAAAAGAUCUAGAGAAGGAUUGCAGGGGGGAAUAUCUGAACUACGAGAGUGAUGAUGUUCGAGCACAGGCUAGGCAAUGGAAGAAGUAUGAAUUUCAUUAUGACAAUGUGCUCUGGGCUUUACUGACCCUAUUUACUGUAUCCACAGGAGAAGGGUGGCCCAACGUCCUCAAACAUUCUGUAGAUGCAACUUAUGAAGAUCAAGGUCCCACGCCUGGAUUCCGAAUGGAGAUGUCAAUCUUCUAUGUGGUCUACUUCGUUGUGUUCCCCUUCUUCUUUGUCAACAUUUUCGUGGCCCUGAUUAUCAUUACUUUUCAGGAACAGGGAGACAAAGUCAUGUCAGAGUGCAACCUCGAAAAGAACGAGAGGGCUUGUAUUGACUUUGUCAUUAGUGCUAAGCCCCUUACUCGGUACAUGCCACAGAACCGACAGUCCUUCCAGUACAAGAUGUGGAAAUUCGUGGUCUCUCCCCCAUUUGAAUAUUUCAUUAUGGUUAUGAUCGCUCUCAAUACCAUUGUGCUUAUGAUGAAGUUUCACGGUGCCUCGGAAACAUAUGAAAAUAUGUUAAAAUGUUUAAAUAUUAUCUUUACCUCCAUGUUUUCCUUGGAAUGUAUCCUGAAAAUCAUUGCUUUUGGUGUGCUGAACUAUUUCAGAGAUGCCUGGAAUGUUUUUGAUUUUGUUACAGUUUUGGGGAGUAUUACUGAUAUAUUAGUAACAGAGAUUGCGGAAAAUUUUAUCAACUUGAGCUUUCUGCGAUUGUUCCGUGCUGCCCGGCUGAUCAAGUUGCUUCGUCAAGGAUACACCAUACGCAUUCUGCUUUGGACCUUUGUGCAGUCUUUUAAGGCUCUGCCGUAUGUCUGCCUCCUGAUCGCCAUGCUGUUUUUCAUAUACGCCAUCAUCGGCAUGCAGGUUUUUGGUAACAUUGGAUUAGUGGAUGACAGCGCCAUUAACCGACACAACAACUUCCGCACCUUCCUUCAGGCCCUGAUGCUCCUCUUCAGGAGCGCGACUGGAGAGGGCUGGCAUGAGAUCAUGCUCUCGUGUCUUAGUAAUCGACCGUGUGACCCAGGGUCCGGCAACACCAAAGACGAAUGCGGCAGCGAUUUUGCCUAUUUUUAUUUUGUCUCUUUCAUCUUUUUGUGUUCCUUCCUGAUGCUAAAUCUCUUUGUGGCUGUCAUUAUGGAUAAUUUCGAGUAUCUAACACGUGAUUCUUCCAUUCUGGGACCACAUCACUUGGAUGAGUUUAUCCGUGUUUGGGCUGAGUACGACCCAGCCGCUUGUUACAGAAUUCACUAUAAGGAUAUGUACAAUUUAUUGCGUGUAAUUGCCCCUCCUCUCGGGCUGGGAAAACGCUGCCCGUCAAGGGUGGCUUACAAGCGCCUUGUCCGGAUGAACAUGCCCAUCUCCGACAAAGACCUAACUGUCCACUUCACGUCGACUUUGAUGGCUUUAAUCAGGACUGCACUGGACAUCAAACUGGCUACAGGAGGAAUAAAACAGCAUGAAAGUGACGCAGAGCUACGGAAGGAAAUCACUUCAGUGUGGCCCAACCUGUCUCAAAAAACAUUGGAUCUUCUUGUUCCACCUCAUAAACCUGAUGAAAUGACAGUCGGGAAAGUAUAUGCGGCACUCAUGAUCUUUGACUUCUACAAGCAGAACAAGAACAAUCGUGACCACUCUCACCAGCAAUCUGGGGUCCUUUCCCAGACAGGGACGGUCUCAUUAUUCCAACCUUUGAAAGCAACGUUAGAUCAGAACCUGUCUUUUGGAAAUGCCAAGAUGUUCAUGCGGCAGAAGAGUUCGGCCUCUCUAAACAAUGGUGGUGUCAUACCCAACCAGGACACUGGCAUACGAGAGUCUAGCUCUUGGGGGACUCAACCAGCUCAAGAUCCAUUUUCUACACCUAGAAGUACGGCAUUUCAAAGAGGGCAUUCGGAAGAGAUCCACGCACAACCCAACGGCAAACAGAUGUAUCUCCAGGCUGUAGAAAUGAAAGAAAUUGGCCAGAGUUUGUCUAAUGGUGGAGAGCAUCCAACUGGGCUGGAAACCCAGGGCCGCGCUGUCUCCAUGCCACGACUGGCAGCUACGAGUCAUCAGAGGAGCCGGGCUCCUUCACCUGGGAACGGCUGCCUGCCCCCCAUUCCGGACACCAGCCCCAUGAAACGUUCUGUCUCUACCCUCACCCCACCACAACGCCCACAGCUUUAUGAAUAUUCCCUAGAGAGGGUGCCCCCUGAACGCACUCACCAACACCACCACCGCUGCCACCGUCGCAAGGAAAGGAAGCAGAAAUCUACCGAACGAUCGCCACACAACGAAGACACAGCCCUUGCUAAUGAGCUGGUGUCUGGUUCACGGUCAGCAGAGGCCAUCUCCAGAGAAAGGAGGCAAGAGAGAGGAAGAUCUCAAGAAAGGAAACAGCAGCCCCCCUCUUCAUCCGAGAAGCAGAGGUUCUACUCCUGUGACCGGUACGGCAGCCGAGAGUCUGGCCACCCACGUCACUCUGACCACAGCCGAGCUACAUCGCCGAGCAGUGGGCAGGAGCAUGGCACCCAAAGACAGGGCAGUGGUUCGGCCAGCGGGAGUCCACGUCUGACGAGCUCCGGUGCUAGCACACCAUGCCGGGGAAUCCGGAGGCAACUCCCCCAGACUCCUCUCACCCCUCGGCCCAGCGUUACCUACCGGACAGCUCACUCUUCCCCAGUGCAUUUUGGGGGGUCUUCUUACUCCCCUGGUCGUCUAAGUCGGGGCUUAUCGGAGCACAACACCCUGAUGUACAGUGACUCUCCUAGCCAUUCUGCCUGCACAGUUACCCGCAUCGGUUCUGACCCUUACUUAGGGCCACGCCAAGAUACUGACAGCUACUGCCCCCUUCCUGAGGAUACAUUAACCUUUGAGGAGGCAUUGGCCAGCAACUCUGGUCGUUCCUCACGGACUUCAUAUGUCUCCUCUCUCACCUCCCAUUCCCACCAGCUCUGCAGGGUACCCAACGGCUACCACUACACGCUGGGGCUUAGCACGGGGCCUGGGACAGCCCCUAGAGGCCGAAGCUACUACCAUGAGGCAGAUGAAGAUGACUGGUGCUAGCACAGGGAGCCAAAACACAUUCUCACUCCCACCCCUGCUUCACUAGAAAGCUGAAGCGAGAGAAGCUUGGUGGGAUCGGAGAGGGGCCAGUUGCUUGAGUUAUUACUGAUGAGUUUUAUCAUCAGUUGGCAGAUCACCAUGACAACAGAGCAUGUUAUGAGAAUAAGAAGAUGGCUAUCUUGGGAGAACUCUAAAUAUAGAGAUCGUAUGGGCGGGAUAGUGCAAGGAUCGAGGAAAGGAGGAAGCGAGAUAAGGCAGCCAGAGAUAAUCUGAAUCCAUAGGACAUCUUCUGGUUUUUGUCUUUCCAUGGCUAUUUUAUUUUUGUGGUGGGAGAUCUCAGAUGGCCCGUCCGUCGGGAUUGAGUGAUGGACAAGUUGAAAACAAGGAUAUUGAGGACCACACAGUAUUGAGUUUGGGAUUUUCUUUUUCCGUGCAUUUUAUUUUUAUUUAAACACAUAUACAGGAUAGGAAGGAAGAGAUGACAACUCCUACACUAUUUCUGUAAUCAUCAUUUUACAGGACAUUAGUGACCAUCAACUCAACCCAAAAGCCCUCACUGCCAUUGACACUAAGACGGCUCUACAGUACAUUUUAGCAGGGAAGGGUUCAUUUAUCUCGAUGCUUCAUUUACAUAAAUAGCUAUAACUCAUUGCUGCUUUUCAAGAUAAUUACGGUCCUUGUAGUUCACCUAUUCUCUGCUCUCUGAAGAAGCUACGGUGCUUUGUGGUAGCUCUAUGGCGUAAUCUUUGUACUAGGACUGUUAACUUGAGAAUGAGCUUGUUUUUGCAACACACUGUAAAAUAAAACAUAGGCUAGGUCUGCAGCAUCAUGUGUGGCUCACACCUUAGGCCCAGUUGCAAGUCUUACAAUGGAUUCGGGGGAGAUGUGGUCCGUAUGUUUGCCGUAAGCAAUUUGUAUGUCCGUUCACUGUCCUCAAACACACCAAUGUAAUUAAAACACAAGGGUCAUGCCUUUCCUUAGUGUAGUAUUUGCGACACACUGGCCAAGCAUGCAACGAAGAGGUUAGUGUGAUUUUGCACAAGUCGAGGUCAUAGAUUAUUAUUAAAGGCACCUCUGUUUUUUUCUGUUGAGUGGUUUCCAAAUCUGAAAUUGAGAGCCACUUGUUUACAACGUUUCUUAAGAACUAAGUCUGACUAUGUUGUACAUUGAGUAGUAACGAAGUUGUCAGCGGUUUGGCCCCUAAAUGGUUGCAUUCCAGAAUGGCUAAGCUAUACCGUCUUUGUCUCUGUAUGCUGACUUCUCUGUAGAGCAGCAUUACUGUAGAGUUGAUCGGUUAUGCAAUGUUUUAAAGGUUUUCCGUGCCAUUCAGUCGUAAGGCAGCCUAUGCUCUGCUUUCAGUGCCAAAUUUCCUGAGCCUCUGCAACCAACAGGUGACAGUUUGUGCCAAUCUCUGCAUGCCCAGUGUGCUACAACCAUUCCUUAACUUUGACAGAGUUUGGUGUUUGUAUAUCUGACCUUAUAUUGGCAAUAAUGCCCUUCCGUGAUUUCGGACAUCAGAUUCUGACGGUGCCACCGUGGCCUUUAUACAUUCAUAUGUAGCAUAAACACUUCAUAGCAAGCACAAUAUGAUAAGAGAUUUAUGAUAAGAGAGAUAGUGUUGUAUUUAUUCAGUGCAACGUAUAUAUUAUAACAAAAAUACAUAUAUACAUACAUAUAUAUCUAUUUUAAGGGCAAAAAGCUGAUUUUCCAAAGACAUGUAGGACAUCAUUUAACCGGCAGAGAUCCAAAUUCAGCCAAUAUUGGUAUUAUAUUGGUAGUACAGCGCAGGCAUGGUGAUCACAGCGAUCCUAAACGAUUUGUCACCUACCUUGACCGAAAAAAAAAAGAUGUAGUUUUGGCGUUAUUGUCAAGUUGGCUGGCUGCCGUUGGUGUCAUCAAAAGUUCUCCUUCAUUUCUUAUUUUUGCAAUAUUUUUAAUAGCGUUAAAUUACUCAUAGAUGGAUUCUGCUGUUGUAUUGCUAAUUUAAUGAAUAUAACGGCCAAGAAGCCUAUCUUGCACAAUAUACUAACGCAGGCGUACUGAUCACAGGGCUAAGGUUCUAAAACAAGAUUCAGAGAAGUAGGGAUUUUUUUUGUAUAUUAAUUAAAAUAAGUGGAUGUUAUUAAUACAUAGUACUCGAUUUUUUACAAAUAUUUUCUGCACAGACCAGGCAUUUUGAGCGCAGAAUGUGAUAAGCUACAUAACUUUUACGUGUAGCAAAUGAGAUUUGCAAGGGAUCAGAAUGAAAAAUUCACAUGGUAAAUCCACAAAUGUUUAUGGCAACUCCACCCCGUGUGUAGAGUGUUUUUUUUUUUUUUUAAAUAAUCUUUUUAUUAAUGUGGCAUAGCAUGAGUUUAAUUUUAAUUCUAAGUGCCUAAAUUUCCAUUCUAUGGUCUGUUUAAGAGCAGUGCUUCUGUAAAAAUGUAAUGCCUCGUAUUGUCUCAUAGACUCACACGUUUAUUGCAGAAGUUGCCCCAUAAAUAUUAACAUAAGCUUUUCACGUCGAUUUUGGUUGCUUAACGUGGACUCGGUGUGAACCUCAUUUUGCUUUUAUCACCACAUCUGUAGCUCAAUAAACGCAUAUCUGAAAAUAGUGUAAUUUGUUUGCUAUUACAAUGGAGUUGUCUCCUCCUUCUUUACGUGUAAAUUAACCUCACUUGCUAGUUAAAUAAGUAGUUGAAAAGCGAGAUGGAAUUUUGUGUAAACAACCUUAUGAAGCCACUAAUAUCUGAUGUCUACUAAUUUACUUUUAACGUAACCCAUAUGCGGGGUUGUUAUUAUCAACAAAGGGCCACAGUAGAAACCACUUAAAUUUUCUCAUAGGGGAACUUCCAGGAAAGGUGUGAACUAUGUAUAUUAAAAUGUUUUUAUCAGCCUUUGUCUCAGUAUAAUGGGCCAUGUACUCAACAAAAGCGAGACGGUUUGUUGAAAUUAGUCUGUAGGUGUGAUUUGUUUAAUUGUGCAUUAUUGGUGUGUUGAUUGUAUGAAAGAUGCAUAGUACUACAAAAAUAAAUCACGGCUUGGGUUAAAAGAUGAUACACAGUCAGAUUUACCUUAUUGGCAUGUGGCUAUCAUGGGGCUGUAAAGUGACGAUUCACCUGCCAGUUGGCCAGUUGGACAAGCGGAUCAUUAGCUCAACUGUUGUUAAAGGCUGCUGUUGGCAUGUAUCCAACUUAAUUGGGAUUAUCUCUGUUAUCUCAGAAUUGUUCAUUGUUUGAUUUAACUUUUUUUUAAUGGAAUGUAGCUUGGUUUAAUGCAUCUUUCAGUGACCGUUGUUGUGAUAGGUUGUAAUGAACACUGAAUACGCAAAAAGGUCUUUGCUAUUACAGAGGAAAUGGGAUAUUUGUUAGAUAACUAAUAAAGAACCGAGCGGGUAAACUGUUCACAACUGCAUUCUCACCCAUCAAACUCCAAUUACCAAUUAGAAAGCCAUGCGUUUAAUUAUCUCACUGACUGCAAACAUUUCACACAUUAAAAUGAUUGGAUUAAAAAGCAAUUUCGUAGCACACUAGCAACACCUGUCAUAUAAUUUCGUUACUGGGUGUAGGUGGGUUGGUGUUGUAUAUAAAUGACACAUUUUGUCUGUUGUCAACUUUUAUUUUACAUGGGUAUGAUCUGCUUAAAGAGGAUUUAUUCACUUCAUUUCUUAAGCUACCAUAACUGUAAUUUGGGGUUUAUAGCCCUACACCCCAUACCCUAUGUAACAUAGGGUACUUGACAUGUUACCUAGAUUGACAUGAAGCUCUGUCUUGACCAUAGUGGAUCACUUAUUCUUUAAUGUUGGACCUGAGAAGAAGUCAUGUUCCCUUUAAGUAAUUCAGUACUCGUGGAUGUAUGCAGCCGAGCAGCAGGGUUGAACUCAUAUUUUAGUUGCACAAAAACACGACAAACUACAUACACUAUCUUAGAGGCGUAGAGAGAAAGCAAAAUAAAGUGUUAAUUAAUAAUAAAGAUAGUGUUGUCUAUUCACUACGAGUUGUGGUUAGUUAAGAAUCAACUUGAAAAUUUCACCUAAGUUAGAAAAAACUUUCAACUCUGCCAACAUGAUGCUAGUCCAUUCUCGAUUCAUCCCAAUCCCUUGUUAGGAGAAUUAACCUGAAAUAAUGGGUAAAACAGGCUGGUCUUACAAUUGGGCCGCCCUUGGCAUUUUAGACCAUUGCUUUUUCAAAUAUCGAGGACCAUAAAUGGUCAUGUUACAUUAACCCCUCAUCGUAAAAGCUUGUUUAUUCCCUAAAUCCUGGUUUGGCUACCACUAUUCUUCACAACUAUAUCGUGAUUUUUUAUGGAAAAGGUGGCACUGACAAUAUUUUUUAGAAACAUUCAUCAUUUUAAAUUCUUAGUUGAUAAUAGAAGAGUCGCUAAGAUCAUAUUCUGAAUUGAAAGCUUGGUGGCUUGUCUCAUUUACUCAGUUUUCCAAAUUGUGAUCUAGAUUUGGUUCCCCAUCCCAACCUUCUUUUGGAGAUAAUUUGACACACUUCGAGUUUCACAAGCGUUUUCCAACUUCUCAUCCUCGAGAUCUUUGCAUGCCUUUGACAUAACUAGGGAAAGGGUCCAUGAGAGUCUACAUGAGAGAUAUUUUGCUGCAUUUUUCGGAAUUAAAAAAUUUACUUUGUGCAGAUUGCGUUAACAAUAUUUAGUAGACAGGUUAGUGACCCCACCUGUUUAAUUAGCCUUGAAAGCAAAGGGUUAGUAGACAGUCAUGGUUGUAUACCACCAAAGUGAAAUUAAAGUGAAUAUUGAUUACAACACACUAUGACUGAUCCAUACAUUUAAUAAUUACCAAUUUUAUAUUAAUUAAGAAGUUGACAUCAGAGCCUUUAUUUUCGAAAAUAGAAAAUCAACAGGUAUUUUACAGACAGAGUCUACAAGUAUGUUUUAGAAAUUUAACAGUCAGUUUUAUAAUUUGUGGGUGGAUGACCCACCAUGAUCACCCGAUGACUUCCCCAGUCAGUGCCUCCACCUGCAGACAGAAUGGUACGCACCCAACUGGCUAUGCAAAAAAGAGAUUAAAGCGGGGACCAAGGACAUCACCAUUCCCGUAUGCUGUAAGCUUUACGUGUCGGACUCUGCAAUUUUCCAAGGCUUCAGGAUAAACGCGACCAAAUGUUUUCUAUGGUUUGGU